UUCAAAAAAAUCACAUUCAUAUCGGAUAAGCAAUGAUUUCAUCACUUAAACUAUCACACCCACUCUGCCAUUCCACACCGAUUAAAAAAGAGCCAGCGGCACGGAAGGAUCCUCUUUUCUUUAGUAAGUACGGAUGGUAUCGUGUGCUGGUUUACAGCUCCACAAGCAAUCCGUACGCAUGCUAUUGGAAGCUGAAAGAUUACUUGAAUGACAAUGCAUUGCUACACGUGUGUGGCCAUUACUAUUUCCAUGUGGGAGGUGAGAAGGAUGUAGCAAGUGAUGCCGGUGCCAGUUUCACGUUCUAUGUGAAGACAUUUACGCAGGCCGUAGGUCUACAACAAUUACGUCUGCCAAAAGCGAUGAAGAUGCACCUACGGGUCAACAACGGACUGCCACAAGUUGAAAUUAAUGAUUGGUUUUUGCUAAAUUUGCAUUCAGAGCUGAUGAAGCUUUACGACGUGAAAAAUAAAUUAUUAGACCUGUCCAGUUUCCAUCUAGGUCGUCAGUUGCCAUUGGAUUGCUGCAUUUUGGCGCAGGACAAUUGCCUCUCAGCGGCCAUUGGGGUUAUGGAGCAACGGAUGCCGGAUCUACGAUCUCUGCUGCUUGACAAGAAUUUUCUCACAAGUUUAGCAGCCUUUGAAGGCGUUGAAAAUCGCCUGCGACAGCUGACAAGGAUUUCAUUGGUAGACAACGAGCUAAAGGAUCUCGAUACACUACGUGUUUUUCGGCAACUGAAGCUACGUAAACUCCAUCUCAACCGUAAUCCGGUCAAGAUUAAAGGGAAGAAGCUACAUCAACUGCUGUUCAUCCUUCCACAUCUAAAGUUCUUCAAUAAUAAGCCAGUGCAUCAGCUAAUCAAUAAUAUUCAAGAAGUACAAAAGACACCACGCGGAGACACUAAUUUUUACAGCCAGAAAUUCGAUAACAUAACUAAUGAAGUAACCCUCGCCGUUUCUGUCAUUUUAAAGGACCACAAAGUACUCUCAAAACAAUCACCAUUGCUAUCCACCUAUAUGCGUACAACUCUAUUAGAUCCUCUAGUCAGCCAUCUAAAAUCCAUAAUUUCUUACGAACGAAACUUGUUACUAUCCAAUCUGCCACCAAAUCCAUAUCAAGAUGGUUUACUACUCAGAGCUUUAAACUCGGAUGCAAAUGAAGUUUUAUCCAAACACGGAGCAGAUAGACCUAUAAGACGAUCCCUGAUAUCCAAUAUAUAAGCAAAAUGAAAAGUUUUGUUUCGAAGAAGUUAUGUUUAUUUUCACAUUCCAAUAUUGUUCGUUGUUUUAAUAGUUACUGGUAUUUAGUUAUUUAUCUGAUUUGAUUUGCUUGUUACGUUUCCAAAUCUUAA